GUCUAUAAUAUAACAUUCAAUUAAGGUUGGGCAUAAGGGUUUAUAAUUCCAGUGGAAAUACACCUGACACAACUGAUUUAAUGUAUCAACAAAUAGACAGCAUCUGUGUUAUUAUGCAAACAAAAUGUCGUUACAGCAACUGGUCCCAAAUGUCUCUGAAAAUAGGGGGAAAAAAUUUCUGGUUUGUUCAAGGGCGAUUAAAAACAAAAACAAUGUUACUUCAGCAUGUUUAUACACAAAACAACAUGUCAGGAUUCUGCGUUUGCGUAACCUCUGAACCGACGUUAUUAUGGAACAGGUGACCUGUAUGUUUGCAAUGCCAAGUAUAUGGACAGGUGUAUCAGACAGAAUCAGACAGUCACAGAUAUAUCAUAAUGAUUUCACGGCACCACAAGCCCUUCUUUCAAAGAGACUGUUUUCAUUGUUCCCAUGACAACUUAAAAAAAGACAUGAUGAAAAUCCAUUGGGUUCCUAUUGAGCAUGGCUGUUUCUAUAGCAACAGGAAGAGAGAGACUGGAUGAGUAAGCGGCAGAAGCUACGAAUGUGUGAGAAUGAACGUGUGUGUAAGAAAGAUAGAUUAUUUAUUGUAUUGAUUUGGAAGGAUAUCUGAUUUCCUUUUGUGACAUCUCAAUAGUACCUACAUGUUCUUCCUCUAAAUCCCACUUCUCACCCCAUACACACACUUUCACACAAUUGUGCCCCCCUCCAUUGGGCAUACAGCGCUCCUUGCCUCCCACCAUUUCUGUCUGGUCUUUGCACCUCCUCCCCCCUCCAUGGUGGAUUUCCUCUCAGAGAGGGAGCAUGUGGUGUGUAAUCAGAUGACAACGACUGAUAAUCCAGCAAUACACCCACUCUGUCCUGUUCACUUAGAGCGGAGGGAGAGAGCAGGAGUGGAGGAGAGGAAAGAAGUGAGGUGAUCCGUCUGGGCAGAGGGAAAGGAGACAAGAGGAGGAAGUGGGAGGUUUGUACGUGUGCAUGUGUGUGUGUGAAGGGAUGAAGGUUGUUGACUUACCUGUGGCUAUGAGGGAAACCACAGCUGUGUCUUCAUAAAGCAAGUGCUGCUCAGUGUGAAGGGAAAUGGUAAAGCGAAGAUGACAAGGAAGGAAAGACAAAGGGUGGCACAAGGUCUUGUCUGGAUCAUGUAUGUUUGCUAAUAAAACCAAAAGUAGUUUAUUCACUAUGGAGGAAGGACAAAGACCUGCAUCUGAGAUCUACCUCCCAAGCAUCAGUCUUGGAUCUGCUGAUGCUAAAACAGUGGAGAACCAUGAGUUGCCAACCAUUUCUUUAUCCAAAAGCUCGACAGAAAUGGUGAGUGGACCUCCUCAACGAACAGAGCUGGCAUGGUACCGUCAGAACUUGCGUAAGAGCAUCAGCAGUGCAGCAUGUACUCAAAGGCCUAUCAGUCUGGGUGGACCAUCGUCAGGAGUCCCUGUGAACAUUUGUGACCAUGAACAGGGGAGCAUGUGCAGUGGCAACAGCACCCCUGAGACUGUAAUCUGGCAUGGAGGACCAGCAAGAUCCUGGAGUGUCAUGGAGGACUCGCCCAGAAGGAUUCCAAUGCAAGAUCCACUCUUGGGGCAAAAUCAGGUCCAUAGUGGUGUGAAGUGUGUGUCACACACACCAUUCACAAAUAGAGAUUUAAGGAUGAAGGGUCUGAUGUGCAGGGAGGGAUGUUGUCCAUGUUGUGGACCUGCAGAGAACCUGACAGGGUGCAGCUGUUGCAGAGCGCCUUGUAGGAUGAGUUCUUCAGGUCUGAGCAACAACUUCAUACCACAGGGAGCGAAUACAGAAGAUCAUGCUCAGAGCAACUGUGAAAGUCAUCAUUUCACUGCAUGCCACAGAUCUACCUGUUCUGGUCACAUGAUGAACACUGCCUGUUUGAGAAAUACUUGCAGUGUUGUUCCAUGCUCUGGACAUUUGAUAUCACGGCCACCUUGUGCAGGAAGCCCUUGUGCAGGACAAAGAUCACUGCUGUAUUCAGGCUUGCUUGGUUUUCCACCACUUGUGUCCUCAGUCAGCGAGACCAGACUUGACAGCCGCAGUACAGGCCAGUGCUGUGGAUCUGAGUUUAGGGGGCAGAACUCUUCGUGCCUUCGACUAGACAGAACAGGCCAGACUGGUUUUAACAGGACAGUCAAAGAUGCCACUACUAUGACAUCUGACCAUGAGCUCAGAGAUGUUGGUGUACAAACCGUGUCUAAUUCCCUUGCUUCCCCUCUUUCUCAUGUGUUUCCUGAAAUUAGUUUAAGAAUGUAUCCUAUAUCAGACGCACCUUCAGAGCGCAUGUGUCAUAGGACCCCUGUGAAGGAGGUGGAAUGGGAUGCUGAGGGUAUGACAUGGGAGGUGUAUGGUGCAGCUGUGGACCCUGAAGAGCUUGGCCUAGCAAUUCAAAGGCAUCUAGAACUUCAGAUCAAAGAGACUGCAGCUGCGGCAGCUGCUGCUGCUCAAACACAAGACUCCACGGACAAUGACAGCAGCCUAGCAUUGCAGCCCAGGCGACGGAAGAAGAGCAAAGGCAUUAUAAGAACACUGCGAAGUUCAGCGUGUUGCUCUAACCCCAGUACUGUGGGAGACUGAAAUGAUCAUCGAAGGGCCGGAGAUUGCCUUUUCAGUUUGUGGAUGCCUAGGUUAGGUAAAGAAAGGUGCAGGCUUUUCCUGAAAGGUGGAAAUGCAUUGAGAAUGGCCCGUGGCAUAUAUAUUUAUUUAGCUAAAGAAAAUUUUCCUUAAAUUAUAUCUCUAAAUAUUCCAAAGCCUUAUCUGCUUAGUUGAUGCUAUUAAAGCUCCACUAUUGGUUAGGUAGAGCAGUGAUGUUCAGAGAUAAAUUGCAAGCUAGCAUUGCAUAGAGCUACCAUUCAAAGUUUACAUGUAAUGGGGUGUUUCUGCCUUACUUCACACAUGGCCUUGUCCCUGUCUUGACCUCCAACAUAUCUUUUAGAUGCCCCUUUUGGCCCAAAAUACCAAAAUAAAGAUUUUUGUGAGCACUGAGUAUUUUCAUUUUUUUUUUUUAAUGUCUGGUUGUACUUAAUGAAUUUUGUUAAGCAAACAACAGAUUACUGAACAUUAGCUAUGGGGUAUUAAAAAAUCCACCCUAGAAAUAUAAUUUACAAACAACUAUCAAUUUACAACAAUCUAUGUUGUUACUGAAUUCACCGAUCUUGAUGCAAAUGGUGAUUGGUCCAGUGACAGUUUUGCCUGGUGGAUUAGAGUGGGCUCAAGGCCAAAAUCAAUCCACAGAGCUAAAAAUAUGAAUGCUCAUGAGGUUUGUGGGUGUGUAAUCAGGCCUACUGAUAGGUGUAGGUUCUUAUCAGGCCUACUGAUGAUUAACAAAUAUAGACUCAAGGUCAUUGUUCCUGCACUUAUAUAGUACAUUAUGAGCUAAAACUAAGCCCCAGUCCUGGUCCUAUGCUCAUGAACAAUCUCAGUCAAUUCAAAAAGUAAAACAUGUACAUUUUGAUUUUGUUGCCAAAACUUGACAUGAAAAAAAAAGAAGAUCUUUUGAGGUUGAGAUCUAUUUAGAAAAGUAUGGCCAUUUUCACAUCAUUUUACAUAUUCAUAAAUCUUUUCUGUUAUAUAAUAUCGUUAAUGUUUAUAGUUUGUUCAUUAUUAUGUAAAACUAUUCAAGUUAAAAUGGUUCAUAUCACAUUCAGUUUAAUAGUUUGACUGUUUAAUGAAUGUCAUGAUCACGUGCUAUAUCAUAACUAUCUUAUUCAGAAUCAGUCAUGAUUUUGUGAAAGUUAGGGAUUGUAUUUAGAGAAAUCUCUGUCAAUAAUGUUUAGAUUAUAUUCAUUUAAAUAGCAUGACACCUAUUGUUGGUAAGUAAAUGUGUAUCCAGAAUCUCUGACCAAAUCGACAGUAUGUGCUGCACAAACUGCUUUUGUUUUUCUUUGCCAAAGCAAUCUUUUUUUUGGACCAGAGCAUUGUGAUUUAACAUAAUAUAGAUAUUAAUGGAUCAAAACCUUAAAGUAUGACGAAAACAAGCUUUAUAUAGGCUUUCUACAGCAAAAACUACACUAACAUGUUUUAAUAUUGAGAAUACUAAAUGUCUUGAAAAAUGUACAAGCAACAAUAAAACGUUUGGUAAACAAUGUUCUGUGUCUGUUAUUUUAAA